AUGUCAAAUAAGAGAUCCGAACAUCCUAAUCUAACCCAUCUACCUCCGUCGGCCGCUGGAUUCCCCAGAUCGGGUUCCUCAACGGCCAACACCUCCCCCACCGAAGCUUCGACAGGACUUCCUUCCUUGAGAUCACCAUAUGGCGCCUUACCAUUAAAUUCUGCGGGCAAAAUGGCCAGCAACACGCGAUCGGGAGCUGGUUCUCCUUCGCAUGAUCAGCUUAACACGCAGUCAAGUGCUAAUAGAUAUCCCCCAACCGCAAAAAGGACACGAGAAAUUGUGCAAGAAGGGGGGUUCAACAGUAGCAAUGUAUGGGGACCUCCAACAAGUGGCAACUCUACCCCACUUCGAGAAACUAUACCAGAGUCUCCUACGGAUGGAUUUCCAGACUUUGCCCAGUUACCAACGACAGAAACGAUACCAACACGUCGAGGUCGUGCUGGCACACUCCCAUCUCGAUUUUCGUCAGGGGGGCCUUUGAAUGCAGCUCCAGGUCUGGGUCUCGCAUCGAAGACAUCAAGACCCACACCAUCACAGAGUCCAUUCCAAACUACAACGGCAAAUCUCGGCGAUCUGGGAGAUCCGUCCACAAGCACAGGGUUGUUGAAUCGAUUACGUUCGGGCUCAACCCCUCAAAAUCCCCAAUAUAAAACUUCGCCUUUUGGUCACCCGUCACUUUUCACCAAUUGGGGUCCAUCUUCAGGCGGUCGUGAAAGGACCUCGACCUUGCAUAGCAUUGCUAGUCAAUCCUCUAACGGCAUUGACUCCCCUGGACAAUCUUCAUUCUCAAGAGACGGAAACAAUGAUGAUAAGAUCAGGACUCUUGAUUACCUUGGUCUUGCUGAAACUCCACAACCUCCUCGAGCACAACUAUCAAAUCCAAUCUACAAUCUCAUUGAUGCGCACAAGGCAAAUCGUUUCCGUUCUUACUCUGUCAACGCCAAGGAGAAGUAUGCUGAGGAUGAAGAUGAUGACGAUUAUGGCACAGGUGCCUUGACGCCCUACGAGCAGGCACAAGCAGCUCAAGCUCAAGCCGCUGCUAUGCUUCAUAUGCAGUUGGCCCAGAAUAGUGAGCAAAUGCAGCGACACCAGCAAAUUAUGCAGCAGUAUGUUAGCCAAGCAUCUGCAAGCAGACCCAGAGCUAGAACUGCCGGUGUUCUCGACUCACCAAAUACAAGGUUAAUACGUGACUAUUAUCCUACAGCGUCGUCUCGUCUUGGUAACACUAUUACUGCCUCAGAGUUGAGAGAAGCAGAUGAAUUCUCGGGUCUUCCAGAAGCUGUCGCCGCAAUGAGUCUAGGACGUUCAAAUAACGCAAAUGAACACCUUUCACCCAAUGACAAUUUGGAGGGGCCAACUAGUGCUCUUUGGCUUGGAAGCAUUCCAUCAUCAACAACUACCUCUACCCUCACAGAAUUGUUCAAAGUUCAUGGUCCAGUUCAGUCCGCAAGGGUUCUCACACACAAGAAUUGCGGGUUUGUAAACUAUGAACACGUUGACAGUGCCAUAACGGCAAAGGCCUUGAUGCACAACAAGGAAAUUUUCCCAGGAGCAGGACCAGUUAGAAUCAACUUUGCUAAACCUGUAUCUCCAGCAACAACACCAGGUCCUGAUGGAGCAUUUCCUUCACCAAGCCCAGAUCCUUUUUCCAAGGGUUUGGACUCUGGUGCAAAUGUGACCGACGCCAAUGGUGCCCUGGGUGCCAUAUCAAGACCUGGAACUACUGAACCUCCUUCACCACGACUCCAAGACAUUGAGAUUGAUAUUCUGAACAUAGUUUCCGAGUUCGGCGCCACUGCGGAGGAUAAGGUCAAGAUUGGCCAAAGCCUCAAAUCUUCUAUCUCAUACGAUAAAUGGCAGUCUGAGAUACCAGCAAUCGCAGAACCAAGCCACAGUAGAGUUCACGAUGCUCCUAAGCUCAGAGAUAUAAGGAAGCGCAUUGACAAUCAAAGUUGUUCACCAGCUGAGAUCGAGACUAUCGCCAUGGAAAUGCUCGAGGAAGUUGCUGAAUUAUCGUCGGACUAUCUCGGAAAUACUGUUGUCCAAAAGUUGUUCGAACAUUGCUCCGAUGACACCAGAGACCUUAUGCUUCAGCAAAUUGCCCCCCAUAUGGCAGAGAUUGGUGUGCACAAAAAUGGUACUUGGGCAGCACAAAAAAUCAUCGAUGUAUGCAAAACGCCCAAGCAAAUCACUCUGAUAGUUCAGAAUCUCGCGCCAUACACUGUGCCAUUGUUCCUUGAUCAAUACGGUAAUUAUGUUUUGCAAUGCUGCUUGAAAUUUGGUUCGCCUUACAAUGAUUUUAUAUUUGAAGCCAUGCUUAGCAAAAUGAAGCCUAUUUCCGAAGGUCGAUAUGGCGCCAGAGCUAUGCGAGCUUGUCUCGAAAGUCAUCACUCUACCAAGGAUCAGCAACGAAUGUUGGCAGCCGCCAUUGCGUUACACAGUGUUCAGUUGGCUACCAAUGCCAAUGGUGCUUUGCUCUUGACUUGGUUUUUGGACACCUGCACCUUCCCACAACGUCGAUCUGUUCUCGCACCUCAAUUAGUACCAAACCUUGUCCACCUUUGCAAGCACAAGGUUGCAUAUCUCACCGUACUCAAGGUCAUUAACCAAAAGUUAGAGAACGAUGCUCGCGAUCAAAUCUUUCAAGCAUUGUUCUUUUCAAAAGAUGACGAAACUCUCGAAGCCAUUUUAUCCGACCAAGCUUGUGGUGCUACCUUGAUUUUCAAAGUCCUUACUACUCCAUUCUUUGACGAGUCCAUUCGAAGCAAGGUUGUCGAGAACGUUCGAAACGUUUUGCUUCGUCUCAAGGCGCAACCAGCACAGGGUUAUAAGCGUCUCAUGGAUGAGGUUGGAUUGUCAACUCGUAACGGUAGUGCCGGACCAAGCAGAGAGCACAGUCAGCAACAAGCAAUUGACCGUACUCGACCCGGAUCACAACAGAGUCAAGCUACCGGUCAAAUCAUGCCUCAAUCGCAAUACGGUUCCAAUCAAUACUAUCCACAGAUGCAACAAAAUCCACAAAUGCAGCAAAAUGCAUAUGACAUGGGCAUGGGCAUGCAAAGGACUGACAGCAUGGAUUCCAAUGUUCAACCUUUCCAACAAUUUGCACUUCAAAGUUCAAUGUUUCCACAAUCGUCUACGCCCAUGAUGCAACCAAUGAAUAUGCAACAAUUUCAAUACCAAAACAUGAACAUGGCACGAGGUACUCCUCCGAUUGGCAGCUACUAUCCUACCAUGCAAUCAGGGUUUGGUGCGUUGAGUAGUCCACAAUUGAUAGAUCAUUAUCGAGGGAUGCAAAAUGCCAGCCCUAUCCAACCCCCAUCUCAGCAAAUGAGCCCUGGACCAAUGCUAGGACAAAGCUCAUUUGGAGCUCCUGGUCUAAACAACAUAGGAAUGGGUAUGGGAGCAUAUGGUUUCAAUGGUUUGCCUACACAGAACAUGCAGUAUAUGCAAGAACCAGUCAACAAUCGACGUGGAAGAAGAUAA